UUGCCUAUUCGAAUAUGUCUUUGCUUUCUCGUUGUCCAACCAGGUUAUGGUGUUUCUUUGGAAGGAGUUUACUUUCAAGAUACAGCUGGUCGAGUUUCACCUUUUCAUUACCACAUAGAAAGUCACAUCUUUGUCCUCCUCAUAGAUUUCAAUAUCAGCCAACAGUGCACCAUCCAGUUGCUGUGUUAAACGACACAGUUAUUCAACGUAUUGAGAAACAAAUUGGAUAUUCUUUUCAACACAAACAUUGGCUAAGAUUAGCGUUUGUUCAUGCCUCAGUACAUUACGAUAUGGAGACUUGGGAUAAGAUAACGGAGUCCACGAAAACCGACUUACAAAAUAACGAACGUUUGGAGUUUUUAGGUGAUAGUAUUUUCAACUUUGUAGUGGCAGAAUUUCUUUUUACUUGGUUUCCACAUUUGGAUGAAGGUGGCUUAUCUGAGAUGCGUUCUUGUUUGGUGAGUCGAAAAGCUUGUGAACAGUAUUUUGAAAAGCUUCAGUUGGUUGAAUAUUUAGUGGUAAAGAAAGGAUUGGAAAAGUUGAAGAAUACCACUUCCGUUCUUGCUGGUGCUUUGGAAGCAGUUGUUGGAGCCAUUUAUUUGGAUGGAGGUUUUGAAGCUGUUCGCCACUUUGUUUAUAUUCAAUUAGGAAAUACUAUGUUGGAUAUGUUAAAUGACCCUCCUAGGAACUACAAAUCGUUGUUACAAGAAUAUGUCAAUUCCCAAAACAAACAAGUGGAAUAUGUAGAAAAAUCAUGCAAAGGACCUUCUCAUCAAAGAGAGUUUAUUUAUCAUGCCGUAGUGGAUCAAGUCAUAGUAGGACAAGGAAAAGGAGAAUCCAAAAAAGAAGCGCAACAGAAAGCAGCCAAAGAAGCAUUAGCUCGACUUGGAGUUUUAUCAAAGGAAGAUGAAUGCAUUCAAAGUGCUCUUUAUCGAGCACGGAAAAGAGUUGACCAACUGAUGAAAGAAGAAAGUGAUCAUAUCAUCGUAGAACAAGGACAUUUGGAUAACAAUAAUAAUAAGAAGUAUAAUAGAGAAACUGACUUGGUUGAAAGAAUGAAAGGUUGGAAUGUACAAUCUUGGAAUACUUUUCAACGUUUGAUGGAUCGCAAAUAUCACAAUCUGCGAACUAUUCAAGCUUCCAUGGGAAUCAAGAAUGUAUUGUCUCAGUUGGCAUCGACUUUUGACCAAAAUGGGACCUUUGCGAGAGAGUCCUAUGUUCGUUGCCAAUUGGAAGCCAUUCCUGCAGCUAAUAUUCCAAGUAAAUAUGGUGGUGAAGAUAUUUCUAUUUCAGACUGUUUAGAAGUGUUGAUAGAAUUGAGUAGCGGUUGUAUUUCCACUGCUUAUGGGUUUGCUCAUCAUUUUGCAACGAUUGGCUUUUUAAGAGAUUGGUUAUUGUCGUAUUCUUCAUCAACUGUAGAAGAUAUGUUUUGGGAAGUUGCUCUUCGACAAAGUUUUUGUUACACUAUUUUGCCUCCCCAUAUAUCCAAAGGCAAUCCUUUGAUGGCUUCUUCCUUUGCUAAUCAGAAAACAAAGUCUUGGAUCAUUCAAGGAGUAGCUGAACAAGUAGUAGCCAGUCCUUUGAUGGAUUUCUUUGUUACUUUUAUUCCAUUAAUUGAAAGUAGUCAUCAUGAUAAAAGUCCAUUGGGAAUGGUUUUGGUACCCAAGUCCUCAGCUAUGAAAAUACAAAAGUGGGUGAAUCAUCAAAAUGGACUUAAAGCAAGUGGAAUGUCUUUUGUUGUGUUUGAUCAAGUCAAAGAUAGUCAUCUUAUUACAAGUCAUAAGGGUGAAAUAUCGUUGGCUAUGUUAUUGAGUCAUUCAUGGCACUUUGCCUGUCUCAGUGCCAUUUAUAUUGGAUUGGCUAAAGCAGCUAUGGAACAAGUCACACAGUUACAGAAAGAUAGUAGAAAUGUACUUUGUUUACAAAUGGAAUACUUGCAGUUGAAAUCAGGCUUAAAAUGUCUCGUGGAAGGUUGGAAUGAAAUAAGCUUUAUAGAACAACGUCAUACAAUUUGUAAUAUGUUGGAAAGACAUUAUUUGUUGAUUGUACCACAAGUUCGUCGAUUUAUUCGCUCUUGUUAUGAUUAUUAUCCUUAUAACCCAGUUUUGGAAAGACUAAAUAGAGAUUGCAAUGUUGCACUGUUAGUAGAACGUUAUCCUAUGACUAUUCUCCAAUAAUCCUAUUGAGAGUUGUGGGAAUUGUUCAUUUUUGGAUA